AUGUCGGAUCUAGACACCUUCACCCUCCUCCCGAUCCGGAUCGACCCGCAGUCCAAAGCCAUCAGCAGCACGAGCCCGUCGCGGGCGCUCGACGCGGAGCUGGCGACGCUCAACAGCCUACACCGGACGCUGCUGGGGCUGGAGAAGCCGCACGCGGUGCCGCCGCCGCCGAUCCCCGUCAACCCGAAGCUGUCGGCGCAGGUCAACAAGAUGCGCGAGGGCGGCAACGCCGAGUUCCGCAAGGGCCGGUUCGCCGAGGCCAUCAAGCUCUACUCGCUCGGGCUCGAGAUGGCGCUCAAGCGCCCGCUCUGGGAGCCGCAGCAGCUGGUGCGCGAGGAGGUCGCCAGCCUGUUUGCGAACCGCGCCCAGGCGCACAUGGCGCUGCUGAACUGGGUCGACGGCGCCAUCGACGCCGAGGCCAGCGUCGAGGCCAAGCGCGCCGGCAACCCCAAGGCCUGGUGGAGGCGCGGCAAGUGCCUGAUCGAGAUGGGCAGGCUCGAGGAGGCUAGGGAGUGGGUCGGCAAGGGCUUGGAGAUGGAGGGUGAGGAGCACGAGCUCAUGGCCUUGAUGAAGGAACUCGACGCCAAGCUGGGUUAG